ACCACACACCAGAAAAAAAAAAUGCUAAGAUAUCUCAAGAUUGCUCUUAAAAUAAAAAGGAUGUCGCCAUCUAAAAUGGAUAAUUUCACUGAUAUACAUUUUCUCUAAUAUUUCUUUUUUUGAAGGAAGAACAACAAUGAAAUUCUUCUUUUAUUUACAAGAUCUCAGCUUGUACACCUUUCUUCUUGCUACAAUCCUUCUCUCACUAGCCAUAAAAUAUGCCAACAGAAACAAGAAAAACAUCAAGAACCCACCAGAACCAUCAGGGUCAUGGCCGUUCAUUGGUCACUUGCAUCUUCUUAGUGACUCUAACCAGCUACUGCACAGAACUCUGGGGUCCAUGGCUGAUGAGCUUGGACCAAUCUUCUCUAUCCGCCUUGGAGUUCAUCAAGCAGUUGUCAUAAGCAAUUGGGAACUGGCAAAAGAAUGUUUUACUAUCAAUGAUAAGGUAUUUCAGACACGUCCAGAAUCUUUAGCAGUAAAAAUCAUGGGCUAUGAUCAGGUUAUGUUUGGUUUUGCGCCUUAUGGAAAAUACUGGCGUGAUGUCAGGAAGCUAGCGACAGUUGAACUUCUUUCAAACCGCAGGCUCGAGUUGCUGAAGCAUGUCAGAGACAGAGAAACCAAGUUAUUUUUCAAAGAAUUGUAUCAGGAGUCAGUAAAGAAUGGAGGGGGAAAUACUGUUAUUGAAAUGAAGGAAAGAUUUGAAGAACUGGCAAUGAACAUUAUAGUAAAAAUGAUUGCUGGGAAGAGAUUCUUUGGUGGUAAUGGAAUUAGAGAUGAGGAAUCGAGGCGAUUCUCUAAGGCAUUAGGAGAUUUCAUGCAGUUAACCGGGUUGGUGUUGGCUUCAGAUACAGUUCCUUUUCUUGGUUGGGUGGAUUCCAUGAGGGGAUAUAUAAGUGAAAUGAAGAGGACAGCAAUGGAGUUGGAUAGUUUGUUAAGGAGGUGGGUAAAGGAGCAUAGAGAAAAGAGGCUCGAAGGGAGCAUCAAGGAGGAAGAGCAAGAUUUCAUACAUGUUAUGCUUUCUGUCACGGAUGAUGGCAAGAUUUCUGCUGAUGCAAUUGAUUCCAUCAUUAAGGCUACUUGCUUGUUAAGCAUAUAGCAAUCAAAAUUCUUUUGACUUGAAAUAACAUGAAUCAUGGCAGACAAAGUCACAAACAAAACCAAGUUGGACUAAUUGCUUCAGUGACACGUGAUGAAGAAGACCACCAAUAGGGUUAUAAGCACUCAUCUUUCCGAGGGAAAAACUCAAGAUAUAGAUUGUCCUAUUAUACAACUUUUGCAUGAUAAUGCUAUCAAUCAACAUAAUGGAAAUAUUAUAUGUCAUUCAAGUUUGCUCUAUUUUUUAAAAGAAAAAAGAAGAAAAGAAAAAGAAUGGAUGGAGUAUUGAAUCUUUCAACUUUGAGGUACCUUUCGUUAGAAUCAGGCUAGCUGAAAUGUUUAGAUGCUGUAUCUAAUUUCUUCUAUUUCUCGAUUUUGGUAAAGAAACAAAGAACUAUUUCAGUUGAUAUAUAGCCUGUUCCUUUCACUGUAGAAUGACCUUAGCCUGCUUUUAUCCCAGAAAUUCUCAUUCUUGGUCUAAAAAUAAUUAGACACUAAAAACUUCUUUUAAUCUAAACUCUGAACUCUCAGUUACAAAUUUUGAAUGAUGUCUCUUUAGUUUGUCAUCUUAUGCGGUGUAUUAUGUGUAUUGUAGAGUCUUAUCCUGGGAGGCAGAGACGCCAUCGCGGUCACUCUUACUUGGGCGUUAUCUUUGCUAUUAAACAACCGUAGCGUGCUGAUAAAGGCUCAAGAUGAGCUUGCCAUCCACGUAGGAGGGCACCAACAAGUGCACAAUGAGUCAUGCAUGACGAACCUCACAUACUUGCAAGCUAUUGUGAAGGAAACAUUAAGACUAUACCCUGCUGCGCCACUCUCAGUGCCACGGGAAGCCAUGGUGGAUUGCACCAUAGCCGGUUACCACAUCCCAGCUGGCACACGCCUUUUUGUUAACCUGUGGAAGAUGCACCGUGACCCUAACAUUUGGAUUAACCCUUUGGAAUUUCAGCCCGAGAGGUUCCUGAAUGAGCAUACCCAUCAGGAUAUCAGGGGUCAGGACUUCGAAUGUAUACCAUUUGGAUCUGGUAGAAGAAUGUGCCCAGGAGUGUCAUUUGCUCUUCAGAUUCUACACCUCACACUAGCUCGGCUGCUUCAGGGCUUCGAAUUGAAGAGAGUCUCAGAUAAUCCAAUUGAUAUGAGUGAGAGUCCUGGAUUGACUUCACCUAAAGCAACACCUUUAGAGGUUGUUCUUAGCCCAAGACUACCUUCCAUGCACUAUGAAUGUUAAUGUUAAGUUGAAAGGAAAACUGGAGGGCCAGUGGACUUAUUGGGGUGUAAAGAAUUUAAGCCAUUAGUCACUUCGCAGGUGAAAUUCUUUUCACUAUGCAAGUCAAGUUA